AUGGCAUCUGGCAAGGCGACAAAUCCCAAGAUGGACAUGGCAGCCAUGGAUGACGACGACAUGGACGUGGAGUACUCGUCCCCGGAGUCGGGGGCCGAGGACGCGGCGGAGCCGUCGUCUUGGGCGCCGGCGCCGGUGCCGCCGCGGGCAACGGGAACGUCGCGGUUCAAGGGCGUGGUGCCGCAGCCCAAUGGGCGGUGGGGCGCGCAGAUCUACGAGAAGCACUCGCGCGUCUGGCUCGGGACGUUCCCCGACGAGGACGCCGCCUCGCGAGCCUACGACGUGGCCGCGCUCCGCUUCCGCGGCCGCGACGCCGUCACCAACCACCAGCGGCCUCCGGCGCCGGAGGAGGCUGCUGGCUCGUCCUCCACGGGCGAGCUCGAUCCCGAGCUCGCCUUCCUCAAUGACCACUCCAAGGCCGAGAUCGUGGACAUGCUUCGCAAGCACACCUACGCCGACGAGCUGCGGCAGGGCCUGCGCCGCGGCCAUGGCGGGCGCGCGCAGCCGACGCCGGCGUGGGCGCGGGAGCACCUGUUCGAGAAGGCUGUGACGCCCAGUGACGUCGGCAAGCUUAACCGGCUCGUGGUGCCGAAGCAGCAAGCGGAGAGGCACUUCCCUCAGACGGUGACCGGCGGCGGCAGCGACAAGGGCGUGCUGCUCAACUUCGAGGACGGCGAAGGCAAGGUGUGGAGGUUCCGGUACUCGUACUGGAACAGCAGCCAGAGCUACGUGCUCACCAAGGGCUGGAGCCGCUUCGUCCGGGAGAAGGGGCUCGGCGCCGGCGACACCGUCGUGUUCUCUUGCUCGACGUACGGACCAGAGAAGCAGUUCUUCAUCGACUACAAGAAGACGACGACGGCCGAUGCAGCUAUUGGCAAUGAGAAUGAGACCGGCCAUGUCGCCGUCAAGCUCUUCGGCGUUGACAUUGCCGGAAGAGGGGCCGAGGGAUCAUCAUCAGGUGGGUGAUGGGCACGCGCGGUUAGUUCUUGACAUCUUCUGCAUGCCCUAGUACUGUGAUUGCAAUUGGAUAUAUUGAUUACUAGCUACUCGAUCUACAUUUCCAUUUCCUUUUGGGGAACACGAAAUAGACAGGAAAAACAACAUUUACAUGAUCCGGCCAGGUAGUUGUAUGAGAAGGACAAUUUCUUGGCACAUUUUUGUAUGUCGA